GUAUACAUUCACAAACUGGUUUAGUGAUAAAUUGUCCGGGGUAUCGUACAGACGAUACGUCAAGUGAUUCAUUUUAAUCGCGUGAAUUCGUAGUGUUAAAGAUGGAUCAUAAUUCGGUUUUGGGCAUGAUGCAUCACACACCUUUCGACAACAUCGGCUUGUAUGAACAGCCUAAACCUAGAUUUAUGUUUAAAAUGCCCAGAGUGGUUCCGGACCAAAAGGCCAAAUAUGAGUCCGACGAACUCUUUAGGAGGCUGAGCAGAGAAGGCGAAGUUCGCUAUACUGGACAUAGAGACAGGCCCCAAGAGGAAAGAGUAAAACGAUUUCUUGCUGCUUGCCAAGAGGGCCAUACCGAAAUCGCAUUUUCCGCCACCGGAACUAAUUUGCAAUUAGUCUUCAAUCCCCUUAAUCAGGGUUAUAUGUCCGACCAGUGCGACUUCGAAAAAGAACCAGGAAAAGUUAACAUCAAAUCAAGUUUCAUUAUGAAUGGAGUGUGUGUAAGGUGGCGCGGUUAUGUCGACGUGGAGCGCUUGGAUGGAGUUGGCGCGCUAGAAUUUGAUGAGGAAUCCGCUAUGAGAGAAGAUGCUCUUCUACGGGAUCAAAUGGAAAGAUACACCCAACGGCUAAGAGAAUAUGAGGAUAACAAACCUCGAUACCGCCUGGAUAGGCCUGAGCAAGAAGAGUUGAGAUUGGCAAGCCAGCAUCUCGGUCAUCACGGACAUCACGGGGCUGUAACGUCCCGCUGCCAUGGACCACCAAGAGGCGAACGCAGAAUGACUUAAGCUUGCAGAACACUCCACAUUUAAUUUUAAAUACAUCUAGUCACUGUUAUGUAAUUUACUUUACUGGCAUUAAAAUUUGCAGCUAGAACAUGUACGUUAGACAUUUGCUAGUUAUAAGGUAUAUUAGCUACUUCGAUGUCACAUUUAAUGAGUGUUUAUGUUAUAUUAGCCGAAAAAGUAGUUGUUGGUCAUCAGCCAUAAAAUAUGAUACUGUCCCGAAUAUAUUUUUAAGUUGUCA